AUGGGUGUUUCUUUAAUAGAGAAAAGCAAUGCCGUUCUGGCGGGCGUCUUGCAGAAUUCGUCUCGUGAACUCGAGCAACUCAAAAAUUACACGCGAAUCAUCGAGGAAAUGGAAGAGCCGCCCGCAUGGGAAACGUGGGUGUUCGGUUUGUUGGUCGUGACGGGAUGCUCAUUCUCGGCUCCCCUCGGAAUGCUCGUUGUGCCGCUAUUUCAGAAGAAAACCUACGAGCGAAUCAUGACGUUUCUCAUUGCUCUCGGGAUUGGUGCCCUCUCUGGCUCGACACUUUUCGUCAUGAUUCCACAAGCAUUCAAUCUGGUUGAACUUGCUGGUCAAUAUGAUUACAAAGUGAAAUGUUGGAUCAUCAUCGGCGCGCUGUACACAUUUUUCUCGGUCGAUCGAAUGCUGAUGUAUGGGCUGGAGUUGAGAAAUCGUCACAUCACCCGCCGGAAAAUCCACAAAUCGACGCUUAACUCGCUGAUGAAAAGGACAGAUGGAAGGAAUUUUACAGAAAACACAGACGUGAAUUCGGAUCGAAGCAGCGAUCGCUCAACGAGAGAUCAAGAAAAGAAAAAGAGAAAUGAAGCCGAGAAAAAUGAACUGAAGGACGAGCUCGAGAUCGCGAUGAUCAACAACAAUUUCACGAGAACGUUCUCGACGCGGAAACGAAUGGCUGUUUUGCGGGCCGUCGACAAGUUGGAUCGAAUGGAAUUUCGGGAUGAGAAUGGGCGAAAUUCGAAAUGUGAAGGAAACGAUUUUCUGAAGUCGGUUAACGAAGAGAUCCAACAAAGAAGUCUUCCCGCUCUCAAAUUCUCAGCGUCAGAUGCUCGCCGGAAAUCAGUGGAUCCACCUGUCAUUUAUGUAAACAAUCAACGGCCAUCCGAAGACGAUUCGAUAUCACUUGACAUUCAAGUUGUCGAGAAAAAGGUCUUCGAACCGGCGAAAAUCGAGGUUGCCGCGGUCGCCUAUAUGAUCAUUUUUGGCUCAAGUGCGAACAAUUUCGUCGACGGGAUGUCGUUGGGAGCCGCCUUCGCUGACAGCAUUUUGGGCGGUUUGAGCAUUGGAACGGCCGUGUUUUCCGAGCAAUUUCCACAGGAAUUGGGAACCCUCGCCAUUCUGAUGAACUCUGGAUUGGGUUUCAAGAAAGCGUUGAUCUACAAUAUGAUCCCGAUCGUUCUCUCGUAUAUUGGGUUUGCUGUUGGAGUGCUGCUGGAUGAGGUGGACGAAGGCUACGAUGAUUACAUUUUUGCGAUCUCCUCUGGAAUGUAUCUCUACAUUUUUCUCGGAACAUUGAUCCCUGAAAUUCGCGAAUCAUGUCACGAAUUGGCGAAAGAGGAUCUGAAAGAAUCCUUCAUUGUCACCAUUUUGCAGGUCAUCGGCAUCGCAUUUGGCGUCGGUUUUCUGUUUUUGAUGGGCGAGAUGAACAAUGAGGGAAUCGCU